UGACACCCCACCCCCACAAAAAGUAAACAACAAGAGUUAAAAGUUAAAGUGCUUUGCACAGCCUCAAGAAAUUAACCAAAGAAACAGAAGAAACAAGAAAUUAACGAAAGAAAUACGUAGUAAAUUACAGUUAAAGUGUGUGCGUGUGUGUGUAAACAGCAACUGUUAAGCACUUGCCAUGUGCCAUAAAUAAGCGUGAAUAAAUUACAAUUACAUGCGUCCAACUGCGCAGCGAAAUAUGCUACUAGUGAAAAGUGCCACAGCGGCAAAAGGAGCAGCCUUUCCCAGGACCUACGCCAUGCUGAAGCAUUAACUGCCAGCCAGGAGCCAGCCAGGAAAAACCACGGUAGCGGGAAAAAGCAUGCACUAAACUAAGCUCGGAAAUCACCAUUCGCAGGAGCAGGAGCCCCAUUAUCCCGUCUCUUUCCGGCUCGCUGCCCCAAAACACGCUGUCCCUCUCUAUUGAAGACCCGCGCGGAAAAAGCAUCAGCAGCAGGCAAAAUGAAUAUUGGCAUCGCAGCACCGAAAUGGGAUAAAUUGUCGCCCCGCGAGUUUUUGCAGCUGCAGGAGUUGGCCUCAUAUUCCACACGCAAGCUGCAGGAUGUGCUGCGGGAGUUCUGCUCGCCGAGUGCCUCGGCCACGCCCAAGUGCAUUCCGGAUGGGGACAUUGAUUUCGAUGGCUUCCGUCGCUUCCUGGAUGCCUUCCUCGACUGCGAGGCGCCACUGGAUCUGGCCAAGCAUUUGUUCGUGUCCUUCCUCAAGCCGAAUGUCACCCAGGCCCAGCUGCAUGGCCGGGCACUCAAUCAAAUGGCCGCCAUCAGCAGCACGGCCGCCUGUGCGCCAGUCACGUCGCACACCAAGGGCUCCAUACCGAACAUCAAUAGCAUCGCCGAGCUGAUGCCACAGUGCAGCGCAGCCGGAGGAGGUGUAGCCGGGAGCGAGGGCCACGCACAGGCCCGCAGCAGCUUUGUGGACAAAAUCCAUGGCAUCACGGAUAAAUUACACCACUCACUGGGCGGACAUCUCUCCCACGAUCCCAGCAAGACGGGCAGCGUUCAUCCAAUGCUCACCGUGACGCCCAGUCCCUUGGCCAGCGGUCCCAGCAUGUUCCAGGCCAACAAUCCGGCCCGCCGGUCCGUCGACUCGAGUCCCUCGCACUCGGCGACCAAUCACUCGCAGAUGUCACGCAACUCCUCCAAGAAGAGCAACAAUUCUGUUAAUUGCAAAAUUGAUGCUGACAUUAAGCUUCUGGCGCGAAAACUCUCGCAUUUUGAUCCACUGACACUGAAGGUCCCGCUGAAGGAUGUCGUCUGCUAUUUAUCACUGCUCGAGGCUGGCCGUCCGGAGGAUAAGCUGGAAUUCAUGUUCCGGCUGUACGAUACGGACAGCAACGGAGUCCUGGACACGGCCGAAAUGGACGCCAUUGUUAAUCAGAUGAUGGCCGUGGCCGAAUAUCUUGGCUGGGAUGUCAGCGAGCUGCGUCCGAUCCUGCAAGAGAUGAUGGUAGAAAUUGACUAUGACGCCGACGGCACAGUGUCCUUGGACGAGUGGCAACGCGGCGGGAUGACAACCAUUCCUCUACUAGUGCUCCUAGGUGUCGACAGCACCACGCUCAAGGAGGACGGCAUCCACGUGUGGCGCCUGAAGCACUUCAGCAAGCCGGCGUACUGCAACCUCUGCCUCAACAUGCUGGUUGGUCUCGGCAAGAAGGGUCUCUGCUGUGUGCUCUGCAAAUACACGGUGCACGAGAGGUGCGUGCAACAUGCCCCAGCCUCCUGCAUCACCACCUAUGUCAAGUCCAAGAAGCCCAAGUGCGGUGGUGACCUGCUCCACCACUGGGUGGAGGGCAAUUGCUAUGGACGAUGCUCCAAAUGCCGCAAGCGGAUUAAGGCGUACCACGGCAUCACCGGCCUGACCUGUCGCUGGUGCCACAUGAUGCUUCACAACCGCUGCGCCUCGUCGGUGAAGAAGGAGUGCACUCUGGGCGAAUAUUCCGAGCUGAUAGUCCCGCCCACGGCCAUCUGUCCCGCUGUCCUGGAUCGCCAGCGAUCCGUCAAUCAGGCGCAUAAGAAAUCCCAAAUGCACCAUCACCAGGCCACGCACUUCCAAAUCACGCCGCCGGACGAGCUGAGCUGCCCGCUGCUGGUGUUCGUCAAUCCGAAGAGCGGCGGCCGCCAGGGAGAUCGCAUCCUGCGGAAGUUCCAGUACAUGCUCAAUCCCCGCCAGGUGUACGACCUGUCCAAGGGCGGCCCCAAGGAGGGACUCACGCUCUUCAAGGACCUGCCCCGCUUCAAGGUCAUCUGCUGCGGCGGCGACGGCACCGUGGGCUGGGUACUGGAGGCCAUGGAUUCCAUUGAGCUGGCCACCCAGCCUGCCAUCGGGGUGAUUCCGCUGGGCACUGGCAACGACCUGGCAAGAUGCCUCCGCUGGGGCGGCGGAUACGAGGGAGAGAACAUCCCCAAGCUCAUGGAGAAGAUCCGUCGUGCCUCCACUGUGAUGCUGGACCGCUGGAGCAUCGAGGUGACCAACUCCCCGCCCAGCGAUGAGCUCCGACCCAAGGUGACGCUGCACUCGAACAUGCAGAAGGUGAUUGAGCUGUCGCAGAGCGUUGUGGUGGACAAAUCCCUGAUCGAACGCUUCGAGGAGAUCCAGAGGCAGAGCAAGCAUCCGUCCGGCACGGCUGCCUCCACCACAUCGAUUAUGAUGGCCACGGAAAUGGAAAUGGCAACAGCGACGGCAACGUCAACGGCGGAGUACGGUAGCAGCACCACAACCACAAGGACGACGACCACCAAGAGCAUUUCCAUGUCCACCUUCGAGACGCAAAAGACCCUGAGAGCCACGUUGAGCAGCAGCAGCAGCAACUCGAGCAGUGGCAGCCAUCCUGAGCAACAGCAACAGCAACAGCAGCAACAGCAACAGUCGGAAACCGACGAGGCCGAGACGGAAGCGGCAGCCCGGCAGAGGUCCUUGGCAACGGAAAGGCAAUCACUCGAAACGCUGCUGCUGCAGCACAAGCAACAACUGCUGCAACAGGAACAGGGGCUGGAGCAGCAAAUGCAAGGAGUCCUGGCAUCGGAUGCUGGGCAGGAAGCUGCCACAGCAACACCAUUUGGGAAUAAUCAAAGCGAUAAUAAUAGUCAGCGCAAUAAGCAAAACAACAUCCUUAAACAGCAAAUUACAUUGUCAUUGGAUUUGUCCGACCCCGAGGACGAGGGCAACAACAGCACGGAUCGAGAACGUCCACAGCCACCCAGCAGCCCGCACACACCACUGACACCCUGCACACCGAAUGCCUCCUCCAGCAAGCAGCACCAGCCACAUCUCCAGUUCGAGGAGCAGCAGCAUCAAGAGCAGCAGCAGCAGCAACAGAAGCCCAUCAAAGUGCAGUCGGACAAGGACUGCACGGUGCCCUACAACAUAAUCAACAAUUAUUUCUCUGUCGGCGUGGAUGCCGCCAUUUGCGUCAAAUUUCACUUGGAGCGGGAAAAGAACCCACACAAAUUCAACAGCCGGAUGAAGAACAAGCUCUGGUACUUCGAAUAUGCAACGUCCGAGACAUUCGCAGCAUCCUGCAAGAAUCUCCACGAGAGCAUCGAGAUUGUGUGCGAUGGCGUGGCCCUGGACCUGGCCAACGGACCCCACCUGCAGGGUGUGGCCCUGCUCAACAUCCCGUAUACGCACGGCGGUUCCAACCUAUGGGGCGAGCAUCUAUCCCAGAAGCGGAUUCGGAAGAGUGCCGGUCCCUUUGGCAAGAGCAAGAAGCUCCGGGCGGGUGACAAGGAGUUCUCCGCCACCAGCUUUAAUUCCGUAGAUCUAUCGGUGGCCAUACAGG